AUGGCAAAAGCAAACGUGAUGAAACUUCAGGUUGAAGAACUAAUGGGUAAAGAGAAGGUUCACAUCAACAUUGUGGUCAUUGGCCAUGUCGAUUCUGGGAAGUCGACCACCACCGGUCACCUCAUCUAUAAGCUUGGAGGUAUUGAUAAGCGUGUGAUUGAGAGAUUCGAGAAAGAAGCUGCUGAGAUGAACAAGAGGUCUUUCAAGUAUGCCUGGGUGCUUGACAAGCUCAAGGCUGAACGUGAAAGAGGAAUCACCAUUGAUAUUGCCCUCUGGAAGUUUGAGACCACCAAGUACUACUGCACAGUCAUUGAUGCCCCCGGACACAGGGAUUUCAUUAAGAAUAUGAUUACUGGGACAUCCCAAGCUGAUUGUGCUGUUCUUAUUAUCGAUUCCACUACCGGUGGUUUUGAAGCUGGUAUUUCUAAGGAUGGACAGACUCGUGAACAUGCUCUCCUUGCUUUCACUCUUGGUGUGAGGCAGAUGAUUUGCUGCUGUAACAAGGUAUAUACACCUUGA